AUGGGCGUAGGUCAACAGCGUCGCACCAAUCAGGGUCCAGAUUCAUCUGCUGGCAACCCUGGUCAGCAACAACAAUCACGUCCUUCAGGACCACCAUCUGUCGCCGGUGGACCACAAGCUUCUUCAUCAGGUCGCCCACUUUCGGCUGGUUUUGACGGACCCGGUGAACCGAAGACCAACCCGUUUGGCCCAGGUCUCGGCUUUGAUCCUGCCAGAGACCCCGGGAAGGAUGAGUCGAGAAAGUUUAACACUCGUGUUGAGCUUCCAUGUUAUCGAGAUAACUAUGAUAUUCCGGCUUCCAGCAUUCUUCCUGCUCGUCCAGGAUAUAACACCAAUGGCAAGGCUGUCAGCAUCCGCGUCAAUCAGUACAAGGUCCUUGACGCCCCGAGAAACGAUAUCUACCAGUACGAUAUCUUGGUCGGUCAAGGUGGCGAGAAGAUGGGCCUCAUAAAGAAGGUUUGGGAGUCUCGCCCGGUCCAGGCAGAAUUGGCAAAGCAUGGUAAGAUGUGGCUUUGGGAUGGUAACAAGAUCGCUUGGUGCGCCAAUCCAAUGGCUCGUGGCGAAGUCCGUGUUCCAGUUGAUCUGGAUGUGGAGAAUGGUCGCCCACCAAAUGAAGAUCGCAUCAUCUAUUGCAUCAUCAAGCAGACAACCACUAUUAGAAUGGCCGCUUUGCACGCUUAUCUCAAUAAGCAAAUUGAAUUUGACAACAGUGUUCUCUGCGCUAUCAACUUCCUUGACCACAUGCUUCGCCAAUGGCCCAGUGAACAAUUCACUGUCCAAAAGCGCAGUUUCUUCGCUCGUGGACCCAACCGUUGUCCUCUGGACAAAACAAUUGAGGCUAUGAAGGGUGUAUACUCUUCAAUCCGUCUUUGCAACCACGUCGCUGAGGGUAAUGCCAUUCGUGGUCUUGCGAUUAACGUCGAUGUUGCCAAUGGCACAUUCUGGACUUCCCAAGAUGUCAUGCAGGCUGCUCGCAACGUGUGCGGUCUUCGCAGUAAUAGAGCCCUCAACUGGGAUGUCUUUCGUCAAAAUCUCCUCCCAAGAUUGAACGAGAAGGGUACUAGAUAUGAAAAGUCUUCAGAUUUCAAGACUCUUGACAAGAUGAAGAAGUUGAAGUUCCAUCUGAAGCAUCAUGGCAAGCAGGAAGAUAAGAGAGUUUAUACCAUCAAGGCUUUUACUUACCCUAAGCAUGAGAAGUACUUCAAGACAGGCCUCAAUGCUAAGAACCAGUGCUUCACCCCCAAAGAUACUAACAAGGAGAUCUCUGUCUACGAUUACUUCAAGAAGAAGUAUAACAUUACCCUGCAGUAUUGGUGGGCCCCAUUGAUCGAGACCGAGAGAGCAGGCUGGUUCCCAAUGGAGGUCUGUACCUUGCUUCCCAAUCAGAAGUACCAAUUCAAGCUUGAUCCCGACCAGACUGCUGCCAUGAUUAAGUUUGCGGUCACUCGUCCAAAAGUUCGUUUGGAAUCGAUCGAGCACGGUCUUGGCAUGUUAAAGUGGGAUGAAGAUCCUUACCUCAGUCACUUUGGUUGCAAGAUCGAAAAGAAGAUGACCACGACCCAAGCUCGUCUUCUACCCAACCCGGUGAUUCAAUUUGACAGGGCCACCAUUGACCCCAAGACCUCUGGCCGCUGGGACUUACGUGGCAAGAAGUUCUUAUAUCCCAACCCGGAACCAUUGAAUUCAUGGGCUGUUGUCAUCGUUGGUGACUGCAUCCAAGUCCCUGCCGUUAAAAACUUCCUGCAGGUCUUUAUCCAAACCUACAUUGGUCAUGGUGGUAAAGUCCAGAAUAAGAAUCCUCCCAUUGUUCCAUGCGCCAACAAGGUAGAGAUGAUCGCUGAUGGCGUUCAAUAUGCUCGAACUCAAGCUGGUCAACAAACCAAGCAGACGCCUCAGAUCUUGUUCUUUAUCUUGGGAGGUCGAGAUUCUUUCAUCUACGAGCGUUUCAAGAAGAACAAUGAAUGCCGUUUUGGAAUGGUUUCUCAAAUGAUGAAUGUUGCUCAUGUCAGCAAGGCACAACCUCAAUACUGCUCCAAUGUCUGCAUGAAGGUCAACGCCAAGCUAGGUGGAACCACUUGCAAGGUAGCUGACACUAAGCCACCUAAGCCAUUUUUCUCUCGACCGACGAUGAUCAUUGGUGCCGAUGUUUCCCACGCAACACCAGGCUCGCCACAAUCAUCAAUGGCCUGCUUGACCAUGUCAAUGGAUUCCACUGCUUGUCGAUAUGCUGCUGCGGUUCAGACCAACGGGCACCGUGUUGAAAUGAUUUCCAAGGAUAAUAUCAAGUCCAUGAUGAUUCCGUUGUUUAGACAAUGGAUUACCAAGGUUGGCAAGGGAUCGGGACCUCAACACAUCUAUUAUUUCAGAGAUGGUGUUUCCGAAGGUCAAUUUGAACAUGUCAUCAACCAGGAGAUUAAGGACAUGAAGGAUGCUCUCGGAGAAGCUUUUGGUGCCCAAGGUGCUUCUAUUCGUUGGACUGUCACCGUAUGCACCAAGCGUCAUCAUCUUAGAUUCUUUCCUAGGGAUGGUGACAUGGCAGCUGGCGACAAGAAUGGAAACGCUCUUCCAGGUACCUUGGUUGAACGUGAUAUUACCCAUCCAUUCGAGUAUGACUUCUACUUGAGCUCGCACUCUGCCAUUCAGGGUACUGCUCGACCAACUCAUUAUCAAGUCAUCAUGGAUGAGGCCAAGAUUCCAGUCAAUGACUUUCAACGCAUGGUCUACCAGCAUUGUUAUCAGUACAUGCGCUCUACGACUCCUGUCUCUUUGUACCCUGCCGUUUACUAUGCACAUAUAGCUUCUAAUCGUGCUCGUGCACAUGAGGCUCAAGGCUUUAGUGCGGGACCUCGUGGUGGAGAGAAGUUCCUCGAGAGACAACAAGCCGAAGCCGCCGAGAGAGUUGCAAGAGGCGAGAGCCGUCCAGCAACCAGUCAAACCGGUUCAAGCAACUUGGUGCAAGAUGUGCCGCUUCUUCCCUUGGGCACAAUUAACGCGGCAGACAAUGUCAGCCUUGACGUUCUCAUCAAGAUUCGCACUGGUAUGUGGUACAUUUAA